CUACUCUACCGUAUUCAUAACUCUUGUAGGUGGUCGUGUUUCAUUGCGCUCUAUGUACAAUGGUAGGUUCCUUAGUGUACAAGGUCCAGCCACAGCCUGCAAAGUUGUUCUAGCUGACCAGCUGAAUGGGGACCAAGAGAUUGUUCUGGAUGUCAAAGAGAACGAUGUGGUUGGAGUCUUGAAUUAUACAGAGACUGUUUACCUGGAGAGUCGGAAUGGAAAUCAUAUAAAUGUGGCUGAAAAGGGUUCAGUUGAAGCUAAGUUGAGAGACAAAUCUAGUUGGCAAGGAUUUCAACUGAGGACUACACCCUCCAGCAGCGGUGCAGAAACAAUGAUGGAAAAGGAUAAAGUUUAUAUAUAUAAUAUAUAUUUUAAUUGCUUCCUCCAAGCUGUUGAUGAUACAACGGUAAGGUGUCUACCAUGGACCGAGAAAGGCUAUAAUAAGGUUGUCUAUAUAUUUGAAAUGGCACACCAUCAACCAGAUCACCAGUGGUUUUGGUUGGGCUCAGACCUAAGUUCAUCAGCAACAUAUGAAAAUGGUGGUUUAUUUUAUCGCAACAGAAAUACAACCCACGUGUGGCAGGAUGAUAUAUUUCAGAUAAUGCGCAGUCACAACUGGAAUUUAGUCCGUCUUAGACUUUGGGUUAACCCCCUACCCGAUGAGGAAUAUGCAGGGUUCCCUAGGGUGUCUCAACUUGCCCGGAGACUGACCAGCUUGGGACUGAAGUGGGUCCUGGAUUUCCAUUACUCUGAUAAUUGGGCAGAUCCCAACAAGCAGAGAAAGCCUCCAUCUUGGAGGUCUCUUCACUUCGAUGCUCUUGUACAGAGAGUCUAUGAAUAUACAAGAAGUACCUUGGAGCAGUUACGUGAAGUGAAUGCAUUGCCCACUUUCGUUCAAGUUGGUAAUGAAAUAAACAAUGGCAUGUUGUGGCAUGAGGCUGAUGAGAGCUGUAUUGAAGGCGGAAAACUCUGGCAAGAAUGUGGAGCCAAUUGGGAAUCAUUUACAAAGCUGGCAACUGCUGGGAUCAACGCAGUACAUCAUGUUUCAGAUGACGUUGACGUCAUAAUGCACACUGGCAACUCUAUCAACGCUCUUUGGUGGUAUACCGAACUCGGCAAACAUAUGGAUAUCAACCUCAUUGAUGUGUUCGGUUUGUCAUAUUACCAAAAAUAUAAUCCUGGGUACUUUUUGAACAAUCUUGAAACAAAUUUUAAAGCCUUGUCUGAACGGUUUAAAAACCAUGAUAUCCAUAUCGCUGAAACGACACACCCCUAUCGACAUGUUGAGGAUCCCAAAUUACGCUUUCCAGAGACGGCUGAGUUUCCGUUUACUGCUCAAGGCCAACAGGAUUACGCUCAGGGGCUCAUCAAUGUCGUAAAGUCAGUGAGAAGGGCUACUGCUGUCACAUGGUGGGGAGGAGACUGGUGUAAACCAGGAGACACUGAAUUUCAUGUUUCAUCUUCACAUUUUAAUAGCGAGGAUGGAUGUGUUGUUAAUCCAUCGGUGUACAAUAUGAAACCCGGCUAUCAUUAUUAAUAGAGGGUCAGACGUUAAGCCAUAUUUUGUAAGAUUUGUUUUCUGUUAAAGAUUCUAGAUUUUAAACACUGGAUUGGGUUACCGUAACUUAUACCAACUCGAGAGAUACAUGUACACGAU